AACAAAAACAAUAAUAGCAGAAAUAAUAAUACAUACAAUAAUAUUGAACAAAAUAGCAAUAAUAAUAGUAAUAUUAUAAAUAAAAAUAAUAUAAAAAAUAAUAAUGAAACAAUAUUAAUUGAUAGUACUAAUAAUGAUAUUAAAACGAAUAAUAAUGAUAAUAAAAUUAAUUUAAUUUCAAAUUUAAAAUAUGAUAAUGACAGUAAUAAUAAUAUUAAAAAUAAUAAUAAAAAUAAUAAUAAUAAUAGUAAUAAUAAUAGUAACAACAAUAAUAGUAAUAAUAAUGGUAUAAAUAAAAAUAUUAAUUAUAAUGAUGAUGAAAUAUUAAAUGAUCCAAUAGUUAUUAAUGGUAAUAAUAUAACUGGAAUUAGUGGAGCUAGUAGCAGUAGCAGUAAUAUUGGUAACAUUAAUAAUGGUGGUAUUAUUGAUAAUGAAGGUGGUCAUUAUUUAGAUAAAUUAGAUAAUUUAGAAAGAAGUGUUGCCGCUGUAUUAAUGAAAGUUGCUUACGGUACAACAUCUACAACAAAACGUAGUAUACCAGAUAAUACAUAUGUGCCAAGUUUAACAACAAUAGCUACGCCGCCUUUAACAACUUUAAGAUAUUCUGAGAAAUCUCCACAUCAACAGCAACUAAAUUUACAUCAUCGCAAUUAUGAAUUAGACUUGGAGAGAGAUCAUGCCUUACCAACAUCUGCACCAAAUGCAGACAUCUUGAAAAGUAAUAGCAAUCCAACCUAUCCAAAUCCUAACAGACACCAUAAUCAUGAUCGGGAUAGACAUCGACAUCUUAUAAAUUCAACACCAGCACCAUCAAUUCAUAAUUUACUCAAUAAAGGACAACCAACAAUUGCUAUGUAUCCUGGAGAUAUGCCUUCAUAUUCACCACCAGCUCGAGCAUUUUUUACACCGCCUUUACCACCAGAAUAUCAAAAUCCAUUUGCUGAUAAACCUACAUUACGUGGUACUAAUAACGACGGUGGUAUUAUUACACCUGGUAACAAUAAUAAUCAACAGUCAUAUAUAAAUAGAAGACCAAUACCACCACCAAGUCUAAUGCCAGGACAUGAAAGAAUACCGUUUCGACCACCAGAAUUGAGCCCUGGUUCAUCAUCUAAUAUAAAUGUUAAUCCAAAACAAUCGUCAUCGGAAUUGUCAAAUAGUAAUAUUGGCGGAAGGGGUGUUAAUAUAAAUGGUAAUAAUAAUAGUGGAGGUGUAUCACUAUUUACAUCAAAAACUAUAGAUGAUCCAAAUCAACUACAACAACAGCAGCAACAGCUAAAAAUUCAACAGCAGCAACAACAAAGAAAAAAGACUUUGAAUACUCCAUCACAAAAAUUAAAUAACAAUAAAAUUGAUUCAAUUAAUGAAUAUAAUAUAAAUAGUGACAAUGGCAUGACCAAUGUUGUUCAAUUAAAUAACGGUGGUAGCGGUGGCUCAGAUACAACAGCAAAUGUAAAUAUAAGCGGUGAUCGUGUGCCAAAUAUAUCAAGAAUAUUAUCAGGUUCAAAUGGAAAAAAAGGAGAUAUACCAGAAGUGCUACUAAAACAGGUUACUAGUCAGCCAAAUUAUAAUUAUAAGAAUAAUAAUAACAAUGAUAAUAAUAAUAACACUAAUAAUAAUAAAGAUUAUAAUGAAAAUAAAAAUAUCAACAAAGAUAUUAAUAAUAACACUAACAUUCAUUCUAAUAGUAAUAAUAAAAAUAAUACUAAUAAUAAAAGUAAUAAUAUAAAUGAAGAUAAUAAUAAAAAUAUUAGUAGAAAUAGUACCAUUUAUUAUAAUAAAAUUAAUAAUACUAAUAAUUUAAAUGGUAAUAAUAACAAAAUUAUUAAUAAUAAUAGCGGUAAUCAUAUUAAUACUAAUAAUAGUAGCACUAAUAAUACUUAUAUAAAUAAUUAUAAUGACAAUAACAAUAAUAGUAGCAGUACUAUAAUUACUAAUAGUAGCAGUAAUAAUAAAAAUAAUAAUGAUAGUAAUAAUAAAAAUGAUAUUAAUAAUAAUAGUACUUCAAUUCAUGGUAAUAAUCACAGUAAAAGUAAUAAAAGUAUUGAUAAUAACAAUAUUAAUAAUGGUAGUAAUAAUAAUAAUAUUAAUCAUACCAAUCAUAAUAACAAUAGUUCUAAUAUAUUUUCAAAGAAUAAUCGUAAUAAAGAUAAUCGUGGUGUCUUAUAUGGGCCUUCAACGUCUACAAAGGAUGGAAUAUCUUUAUUAGAUGAAUUUUCUGAUGAAAAUGAUGAAGAAGAUGAUGAUGAUUUCGGUGAUGAUACAAAUGGAGAAGUAAUUGCAUCUACUGGUAACAAUAAUGAUAAAAAACACAAAGAAAAAGAUGAACCAAAGACACAAUUAACUAUUAAAAUUAAUAGUAAAUCAACUAGUAAUCCAUAUAUAGUAACAGGUUCAAGUUCUGGUAUUAAUAGUAACAACAAUACAUUAGAAAAUGGAGAAAUAUCAAAUAAUACAAAUAAUAAUAAUUAUAAUAAUGGUAAUGUAUUACAAAAUGGGUAUUCAACUGAAAUUAUACAUAACUUAGCUGAUGGAAAAAGUUUUGUACACUUAACAACGUCAAUACCAUCAAAUGGUGAUAGUCUUUAUCAAGCAGCUGCAGCUGCUAAAGAAACUAAAAAAUCAAAUAUUGGACCAUCAACAUCUACAAUACAAAACAAUGCUGCAGCAACAUGGGAUAUUGCCUGGAAUAUACAUGUUUACUUAUCUGUUAUAUUAUUUACAAUGUUAGGUGUAUACUCAAUAUUCAAAAUGAUUUUUUACAAUAAAUUAUCACAUUUGUUCAGUCAAUCAUAUUUUGUAUGGAUACAUUUGAUAUUAAUAACAAUAUGUAUAUCAAGAAUAUUUUAUUUAAUCUAUGAUGCAUACAACAUUCAUUCAUCAUUUCCAAUUUUUAUAUCGGAAUUAUUAUUAAAUUUACCAGCAACAUUUUUAACAAUAGCAUUUUCAAUAUUAAUAUUAUUUUUAUUAAUUAGAUCAUUAAAUCAUAAAACAAAUCGUUAUUCAACAUUAAUAAGGCCACUGACUGUUUUAGUUGGAAGUUUAGUUCAUGUAUUACUUUGUGUUAUAUUACAUUUAGUUGAAAGUUACACAACAGCACAAAACAGUCAUUUACAUUAUUAUUAUCAACAACAGCAUCAACAACAAGCGCAGCAACAACAACAACAACACACUCCACAACAGCAACAACAAUUUCGAAAUAAUGUUAAUGUUGGUAAUACAAAUUUGAUAAAAAAUGUUGUCGCAUCGAAUAGCGGUGGUAUACCAGUUACAAUACCACCUCCGCCACCAAGAGUAUUAUCAUUAAUAUGUCAAAUUAUCUAUAUAUUUGUAUGCCUAAGCUUAGGUUUACUUUAUUUGUAUAUAUAUAGAAUAUUAAAACGUGUUUUACGUAGUAAAUCACAAAAUUAUAUACAUGGAUAUCAAAAUUUGUCAUAUGCGAUACAUAUAACAAUAGCAACAGCAUUAUUAUUUGUAUUAUUAGCUGCAUUGCAAAUAUUUGGUGCAAUAUCAAUAUCAACAGCUCGUACAAUUAAUAUAACAACUGGUGGAUCCGAAGUUGAUUGGCUACAGUGGGGUUAUCAGUUUUCAUUACGUUUAAUUGAAAUUGCUAUUAUAUGGUUAAUGUCAUGGGUAGCUGGUCUCAAAACGGGUGGUACGCCUGGUGUAUUACAACGUGAGAAAAAUAUUGGUGGCACAUCAAGUGGAAGUAGUCACGAAAAUCAUCAUAAUAUAUCUGGUUUUGCAUUAUUUCCUUGUACAUCAAGUUCUAGUCAAGAACAUUUCGAAACUGAUUAUCCAGCUGUAUGUAAUGCCAAUACAAAUUUACAUACAUAUACAUUACGUACCGGAAAACCAAUUUAUGAUGAUAAUUUUGCAUUGAAUUCUUUACAAAAUUCUAAUAAUAGCGGUGGAGCAAACCCAUUAGUUACAGCAGUCGGUGUCGCAAAUACUGGGGUAACUAAUAAUGAAAAUCUAGUUGGCGGUGUUCCACAUUUGAAUGAUUUCCAGCAACAGCAGCAACAAUCACAACAACAAAGUCAUUCUGAUUUUGUAAGAACAUAUGAAACAAGUUCAUUAAGAUCUGGCCGACAUAGCGUUAGCCACAGUCAAAUUGGUUCAGAUCUUUUAUGUGGAGGUAACAAUGAUUCAACGACUGAUCAUUAUGAAAAUCCAAAUUUUGAAUUACGUGGUUCUAAAUUACAUUAUUCCACAGCUGGCGGUGGUUCUAAUUUGGAUAAUUGUUAUUCUGAACCACUAAACAUACCUAACAGUAAUAACAAUAAUAAUAAUAAUAAUAGUUCAACAAACCGAAAAAUUUCAUAUGAUCAAAGUUAUGAUUUUCAAAAUCUUGAACGUCCAAAUUUUCAGUCUGAAAGAAUACAUUCCAGAUUAAUUGAUUAUAAUAUUAGUUGUAGUAGUGGUUUAAAUCAUAAAUCAAAACAUAGUAAUACAAAGCUAGAUCGAUCGAGUUAUGAAAAUCCAGAACGUAGGAGCUCUAAUUCAGCGCACUCCUGUAUGAAUAGCCUUGGUGCUAGAUGCAAUAGUGGUGCAGGUGUUAAUGACAUGGAUUGUGGUGGAGGUCAUGGUGAAGAUGAUGAUCCUGGUGAUGAGGAUAUUGAUGGUGACAGCGAUCGAGAUUUAGGCGGUUGUGGUGGUGGUGGUGGUGAUAUUAGUGCUAGUGUUGGUGGUGGUGGUCAAUAUAUUAGUAACGGAAAUAGUAGGAGAGGUUAUGCACAAUAUAAUUCUUUUGAUCGUCGUAAUUGUGGUGUUAGGAAAAGUGGAACAUUGAAUAAUAUUGGAGCUGGAGUAAAUACAGCAAAUUCAACUCAUAUACAUGGUCGUAAUGGUAGUACUUCUUCAUCAACUUCAUCGCAUUCGCAUCAUCGUCCAUCUGGAGUUCAAACACUUAGUUUAUCACAUCGUAGUAGUAAUAGUGGUGGUUCAGGUAGAAUGAAUUCAAAGGGUAAUAAUAGUAAUUUUUAUCGUGGCAUUAAUUCAAGAUCUUCAUUAGAGGGAGCUAAUACUAUCACUGGCAAUUCUGGUAGCGGAGUAGGAGGUGGCUGUAGCGGCAUUGGUGGUGGUCCAGGUAGUGGCAAUAGUAGUAGCAGUAAUGGUGUUGUCGGUGUCAGCAAUGGUAUUGUUAAUGGAAAUAGUAUUUAUAAUCAUUAUCCCCAACUUUCAUCAUCACAACAACAACAACAACAACAACCACACGAACAACAGCAACAGCAAGCUCAGUAUACAUUACAGUCUGAUGAGGAAAUUCUAUUGAUCAGUAACAACCAAGCUGAACGAACAAAUUUAAUAAACGGUCAUUGUAGUGGUAAUAGCAGUGGUAACGAUAUUACAGGUUGCAUAACUAUGAGUACAAGUGAAAAUUUAACUGAUAUAACAACACCAAAUAGUCUAAUAAUUGGUUGUAAUAAUGACAUUACUUCAAUGAAACAACAACAAAAACAUCAACAGCAACGUCAACAACAACAAUAUUUUCAUCACAACAAUGGAAUUGUUAGCACAAAUACAAUUAAUGGUAAUAGUAAUAAUAGCAAUAACACUAUUGUUAAUGGUGACACUGGUAGCAUUUGUGGUAAUUGCAUUAGUAAUGGCGGAAAUGGUGGCUGUGGUGAUAGCGAUGGUGGUGGUUGUGCUGGUGGUGGCAGUAGCAGCAUAAGUGGUGAUAGUGUUAACAGCGGUAGUAUGUUAGUUGCUGAACAUGGAUUUGUUAGGUUCCGGGCAUUAGAUGAUAUAAAUAAUGCACAAGGUGUAGGUAUACAUAAUGCCUCAAUACGAACAACUGGCCGUAGUAAAGAAAAAAGAUAUACGAAUAAAACAUAGUCCAUAGCUAAUUAAAAAAAACUACGAAUAAAUUAAAAAACAAAAAAAUAUAUAAUAUAUAUUUUUGUCAUAAAAGUUAGAAAUUAAAUUAACAAAAAAACAUUUCAUUAAGUUAUAAAAAAAAAGAAAAAUUAGAAGGCGGCAUAAAAAUAGAUUCAAUACACACAAUUUAACAAAUUCUCCCAUCCUCAUCCUCCCAUUCUAUCCCUUCCGCUAAAUAUUUUACAACUUUUUGGUAAACCUGCAGUUUAAAAAUUUGAUAUAUAUAUAUAUAUAUAUAUAUAUAUAUAUGUAUAUAUAAAUAUAUCUAAUAUAACAUAUGUAAUAUAAUAUUAUGUAUAUAUAAAUAUAUCUAAUGUAAUAUAUGUCAUAUAAUAUACAUAUCACAUAUAAAUAUGUGUAUUGCUAUGAACAUUCAUUUUAUAAGUAUAUAUAUAAUAAACUUUAUAUAUAUAUAGAUUUGUUACUUGUGUGUAUUCUUGUAUAUACCUUAAAUAAAUUAUUCAACUAUUAAAUGAAAGAAAAAUGAAUUUAAAGAAAAUAACAUAAAACAUAAAAUUGCAAAAAAAAAAAACGAAAAACCGAAAAAUCAUUUAUGUACAUAUUAUAUAUAUAUAUGUAAAUGUGGAAUAUAUAUAAUAUAUACAUAUAUAUAUAUGCAUGUGGAAAUCAAAAUUUUAAUUACAUUUCUUAAAUUACAAAUUUGCCUUUCAUCUAAGUUAUCCACAAAGGAUUGUGAAAACUCUGAAUUCAAUCAGAUUCAAAAUUCAAACAACGAAAAUGGGACAUAAUUUGCAACAUAAAUAAUAUUGUUUUUCUUGUUUUAAUUAUAAAUUAUUAUCCAAAUAUAAAAAUUGUGAGAAUAUAUAUAAAUAAUUGUAUACCUGAUUUCCACAUUGCAGAAAAAAACGUUUUCGCUGCAAUGAUUCAUGUUCUAUAUUGUAUUUCAAAAGCUUUCGACGAUUUAGUAAUUUCCAAAUUGUUUUGAAAAAAGCAAAAAGCACCUUGAAUAAUUUCCCAAUGCUUUUUAUUAAUUUCGUUUUUUAAAUAUUUAAGCAUAUUUUCGGCGAUCUGGUGCAUAAAGCUAAAAGCUCAAGUUUGAACGCCUUUUGAGAACUGUUUUUUUACAAUAUGGAGUAAAAUAAGUCCACCAAUUUUUUUCUAAACGGAUCUUAGCAUCAUAAUUUUAUCAAAUUGAAAAUUUUUACCUU